AUGGAUGCAUUCAGAGCACCUGAAAAUGAGUCGCUGCUGUCCAGUUCCUCUGGUCCUGCCAGAUGGGAUCCCUUCCGUCGUCCCUUGGACUCCAUCCAGCCCUGGCACUUCAGGCUUCUGGCAGCAGUAAUGUUGGUGGUGACCUCCCUGUCGCUUGCUGAGAACCUGGCUGUAAUCCUGGUAACUUUUAAGUUCAAGCAAUUGAGACAACCUGUCAAUUAUGUUAUAGUCAAUUUGUCUGUGGCUGAUUUCCUGGUCUCACUGACUGGUGGCACCAUCAGCUUUCUAACAAAUCUAAAAGGUUAUUUUUAUAUGGGAUACUGGGCUUGUGUACUGGAAGGAUUCGCUGUCACAUUUUUUGGCAUUGUUGCUCUCUGGUCUCUUGCUCUGUUGGCUUUUGAGCGGUACAUAGUGAUUUGCCGCCCACUGGGAAAUAUGCGCUUGAGAGGGAAGCAUGCAGCCCUAGGUAUUGCCUUUGUGUGGACCUUUUCCUUCAUUUGGACCAUUCCACCAACAAUGGGUUGGAGCAGUUACACCACCAGUAAGAUUGGAACUACUUGUGAGCCUAAUUGGUACUCAGGAGCUUAUAGUGACCAUACAUACAUUAUUGCAUUCUUCAUCACCUGUUUUAUAGUGCCUUUAGCGGUGAUUUUGGUAUCCUAUGGAAAACUGAUGCGGAAGCUAAGAAAGGUGUCAGAUACACAAGGCAGGCUGGGAACUACCAGGAAACCUGAAAGACAAGUGACUAGAAUGGUUGUUGUUAUGAUCAUUGCCUUUCUAAUCUGCUGGAUGCCAUACGCCGCCUUUUCUAUCCUAGUCACUGCCUACCCUUCCAUUGAGCUGGAUCCUUGUCUGGCAGCAGUUCCAGCUUUCUUUUCCAAAACAGCUACUGUUUAUAAUCCAAUUAUUUAUGUCUUUAUGAACAAACAGUUCAGGAAGUGUCUGAUUCAAAUGUUCAGCUGCAGUGCCAUAGAAACUGCAGAGUCCAACAUGAACCCAACUUCAGAGAGAGCAGUGCUAACCCAGGAGAAAAGAGGCAGUGAGAUGUCCACCAUGGCAGUGCGUAGCACUGUUUCUAAGAGGAAAACCGGAGAUGAGCACAGAAAUUGCCAAUCUUUUGCUCAGUUGGCAGCUUCAGAAGACAAAAUCUGUCCCAUGUAGGGCGGGAGAUACGAUCAUGAAUGCAGUGCUACAGCAUAUUUCCUUGUUACCAUCACUUAAUACAAAAAAUGUUGUCAGUGGGGACAUUAUGCUCCUGUGGACACCGGCUUUUGAGAUUCUGGGCUCCUGAGUGCAUGUUAGAGUUUCUUGGCUCUGCAGUUGCAGUCAAACAGCCAGCCACAAGGUGAGUCCCUUCCUCUGCUGCGUUCCUCUUCCCAGUCCACAGCCUGCUUGCUCCUGAAAAUAACGUCAGGGGAACCCAGCGUUGCAAUGCUGGCAUGUAACACAGUAAGUAUAGGAGAGUUUUAUGCUGAUGAUGGCUCCUUGGUCAGCUGGACAAAAACAUGAAGUGGCACAUGGCUUCAAUAUGCUGAUGGACAAAUAAAUGAUACGUAGCACACAGCUGACUCAGUUUCAACCAAUGGAGGUUCAGGGAAGAAGAGGUCU